AUGAGGGUGAACACGAUCUGGUGUUGUUGUGACGGCUAUAGCUUGGAAUCAUGGCGCCGGAAGUACACGUCAGAGGCGAAUGUGUGUUGGAGAAUGAUGGUUGAAAGGAGGAGCAUUGGCUGCGGCGGAUGGAGAGGAGUGUGGAUUGGUGUGGUGAGGAUUAACGGAUCUGAGCGGAAGUGGCAUACCGUGGUUGUUGUUGCGGUUGUGAGGAGGGGAUUCGCGGCUGUUGUUGGAGCUAAGACAGAGCAUUCUGGAACCACUGAACAUGCAAAUAACAGCAGCGUGAAUCUGAUUGGGGCACACUCUAAUGGAUUUCACUCAUACCAGUCAAAGUUUCCACCUGAGUUUCUAAAUAUCCAGAAGAAAAGGAGAACUGAAAAGGGAAAAACUUCUAACACUCAUAUUACAUCUUCUGUGAAUACCAAAAAUGGAGUACCACCAAUAUUUGCUCCCGAAGAUGCUCAAGUGCAUCCUUAUGCAUCAAACAACAGCUCCUGGAUGUAUGGUUUGGGAUAUAAUGCAGCUGUAUGCCGAAUCAUAAAUGAAUCUAGAGAAAAUCAUAUGCAUAGUACUCAAACAUUUGAUGAGUUCAAAUUAUCUUUGAGAAGGAUGGCAGAAAUAUCUCUAUUACCAAAUCAAACUUGUGACUAUAAUUCUCUAAUGAGAAUUAGAAACUGCAUUGAACCAAAUUACAAUGCAAAACAACUGGACUAUUCAGACUGGCAAACAAUUAGAGAAGCAGAAAGACCACAAACAUGCACUGACGUCUUAGUUGAAGAUAUGCAUGUGUCAUGUGCAAAAAAGAAGCGAAGUAGAAAGAGAAGUGUUCUUUCAAGUUCAAUGCGUCCUAACAAAGAUGAGAUGCAACAGUGCCAUAAUUCUGCAUUGGGAAAUCACCAGCUGACACUGGGGAAACCAUCAGGUACUGCUCGCAGAGUAGUGCAGAAAAUAACGUAUAAUGUUGAAGCAUUAACAGAGCAAUUUAGACAGCUAAACAUAAACACGGGAGGGAAAGAACUUGCCUUAUAUGGGCAGACUGCACUUGUUCCCUUUCAGGGCUCAUUUGAUCCCAUCAAAAAACAACGCCCACGACCUAAAGUUAAUCUUGAUGAGGAAACUGAUAGAGUGUGGAAGCUUUUGCUGUUAGAUAUAAACCAUGAUGGGGUUGAUGGAACAAAUGAAGAAAAAUGGGUUAGUGUUACUGUAAGUGUUGUUUUAGUGUGUGAGGAAAAGGAAACAAAGUGA